ACAAUAAAAGAAAAAUUGUGAUUUUUGUUGAUUGUUGCACAAAAGUUUUGAACAAAAAUUUUUUUUAAUACAAAAGCAACAAGAAAACCAAAAUAUUCAAAUUCCAAAAAAGUCAAAAUUUGUAUUUUAUACAAUAUUUUUAUUUUAAUUCAAAUGUAAAAUAAUUUAUUAAGAUAUCAAAAAAAAAAAAUAUUGAAAAAUAUUAAGAAAAAAAAAAUUGUGAAAAGAAAACAGAAAAUUAAUAAAUUACUAAAAUUAACUAAAAAAGAGAGAAAAAAAAAACAACAAUUUAUAUUAAUAACAGUUAUAACACGGUACAUCUUAAAUUAAAAAAAAAAGAAUAAUAAAAAAACUGUGAUUUUUUUUGUUAAACUUAACAAAUAAGAAAAGUAAGACGACAGCAAAAGAAACAAAGUGAUGACUAUUGGAAGCCGAUUGACCAAACCAUUUUCAAAAUGAUGGACCGUAUACCAUCUUUAUCCUUUUCUGGGAUUUCAUUAACACAUCCGCUAUCAAUAUCAACAAACCAAAGUUUACAAAAUCAUCAAUCGAUGACACAACAUUUAAAUUCACAUCAUAGUCAUUCGGCACACAGUCAUCUAUCAUUGAAUUCGUUAAGUUCUUUACAUCACGCCCAACAAAAUUUACAUUCAUCGAAUAACGGUGGUGGUGGUGGAUCAGUUUCAACACCAAAUUCAUCAUCAACUGGUGGUGUAUCAAUAUCAUCACCAUCAUCAGCUGCAUCGGUUUCUAGUUCAUCAUCUUUAUUACAUCAUUCAGCAGCUGCACAUCAUCUUCAUUCACAACAUCAUUCUGGAAGUGGUACAGGAAGUAGUGGCAGUGGUGGUAUCGGAGUUAAUAGUAAUAGUUUACAUCAUUCAAUUCAUUCACAAAGUAAUCAUCAUUUAGGUUCAACAUCAAGUUUAGGCGGUAGCAGUAGUUCACAAUCAUCAUCAAUGAGUAAUUUACAUCAAAAUAUGGGAAGUUUAAUGAAUAGUGGUAGUAGUGCUAGUGAUGUAUUUUUUAGUUUAAUGAUACAAAACACAACGAAACGUCAACAGGAAGAACAUAUAAAACGGCCAAUGAAUGCAUUUAUGGUAUGGUCAAGAUUACAACGUCGAAAAAUUGCACAAGAUAAUCCAAAAAUGCAUAAUUCCGAAAUAUCUAAACGAUUGGGUGCCGAGUGGAAACUUUUAACAGAAGAUGAAAAACGACCGUUUAUAGAUGAGGCAAAACGACUUAGAGCAAUGCAUAUGAAAGAGCAUCCUGAUUACAAAUAUCGUCCAAGAAGAAAACCAAAAGCAUUAAGACGUGACGGAUACCCGUAUCCAAUGCCAUAUCCAUCAGUGCCAGUUGAAGCUUUAAGAGCAGGCAUUACACCAGGUUAUUUUGCACCAGGACCAGCUGCAGCAUAUCAUUUAGGAAGUCAUCUAUCACAAACGAGUCCAACAACUUCACAGAGUCAAAUGGAUGUUUCAAAAUUUGGUUUAGAUCGUAGUUCUGCUUAUUUAAGUUCAGCAGCAGCAGCUGGUAGUUUAUAUGAUACAUCGAAAGCAGCACAAGCAAGUGCCUAUAGUGCUUAUUUGGAUCCGACUGUUUUAACAAAAGCAUAUUUUGAUUCAAAAAUGUAUCAAGAUCGUGCAGCUAAUUAUGCACUCGAUAUAUCAAAAAUUUAUGGUAGUUCAGCAUCAUCAUCAGCUGCUGCUGUUGCAUCAUCAUCAACGGCAUCCGGUUCUUCGGGUGGUAUGUCUGGUAGUUUACAACAAUCAACAUCAUCCGGAUCAUUACAACAACAUCAUUUAUUAAAUGGUCUCAGUAGUAGUAGCGGUAGUGGUGGUAAUAGUGGUGGAAAUAAUAAUGGACCCAAUAAUAAUAAUAAUAAUAUUGGUGAUGAUCGUGAAGCAACACCACAAUUAGAUAACGGUGAUAAUAAACAUUUAAGUUCAUCAAAUGAUAGCAAUCAAAUUGAUUAUAGCAGUUAUACAGCACAAUAUUCAGCAGCUGCACAGGCACAAGUUGCUGCUAGUGGAGGUGGAGAUUUUCGCCGUCCAUUAACAGUUAUAUUUUGACCAGGGAAACAUUUUUAAAUAAGAAUUUUAAAAUUAUUAUUAUUAUAAAAAUGAAAAUGAGAUAUUUAAGAAGAAAAUCGUAAAUUAAUUAAAUGACAAAAAAAAAUAAUAAUAAAAAUGCACUUUAAGAUUUUUAUUAUAUCAAUUAAGUAUUACAUAUUAUAUAAUUUAAGAAAGAGACAGAUAUAUAUAAAUAAAUAUAAAUGAAGCGAAUUCAGAUAUUAUAUAUAUAUAUAUAUACUUAUAUAUAUACGUAAAAUUAAAGUAAGAAAAUCAUUUUAAAAUAAAAUAGAAGGAAAAUUUAAUAAUUGUAAAAUUAGGAACCUUUCUUCUUCUUCAUUUUAUCUCUUUUUCUUUACUUAAUAUUCAUAUAAACAUUACCUCAGUCACUAUAUUUAAUUAUUGACUCACCUAUUAACAAUAAAAAUUUCAACGCAAAGUGUUGCCGCUUUUUCAAGUUUAGUCGGUUUGCCGCUUUUCGGUUUGUAUUAAAACUGCGUUUUCUAAUAGAAAUUUUAGUUUGGCAGGAAUUGAGUUCAUCUUAGCAUAUCUAAUGGAAUUUUAGUUCAUGAUUUGAAACAUACAAUAUUAUAGUUACUAAAAGCACUUUCACAAUUUAAUUGCUAAAUUCAAUUGAGUGUUAUUUAAGUUUUACCGUCGUAUAACGUCACCUGAUAAAUUUAAUCGCAUUUAUUGCUAUAUUUUGUUAAUU